AUGUUUUCGGGCGGGAGACGCGAGGUGACGCGUGCACUGAUCCAAACCCGAUUGCUUUCAUCACAAAGAAACUUGAUUUUCUUUCUCUUUCUCUCUAUCUUUCUCUCUCUCUCUCUCUCUUCACCUGUCUCUCUCUUUAUCUAUCUAUCUAUCUAUCUAUCUAUCUAUCUAUCUAUCUAUCUAUCUACCUGUGCAUCAAUUUAUGAUCACUUUCCCACCCACACCCCUAAUCAACCAAGUUUCUUUCCUCGGAUUGAUUCAGUCGUUUUUUUAUUUUCUCCUGUACCCACCCCCUCUCAUUUUUUCUUCCGUUUGCUUUCUUUCUUUCUUUCUUUCUUUCUUUCUUUCUUUCUUUCUUAUUUUUUAAACGAAGGUGAGGGAGGGAAGUACCCAACUCCUUCUACUUCUAUUCUUUUUUUCUUGUACCAAUUGGACGGUGGGAUACAGAACAAGAAUCGUCGGAUGGGGACGGGUUGGAGGAGGCGAAGUGCUAAUUGGAGGAGACUUGUCAAAUAG